AUUGAGCGAGCAGACAGGAGGCAGACAACAGCUGACAUAAACGUCCACGUACGACAGUUUGCAAAUGUUUGAUCAUUAUAAACAACACGUAUCUAUCAGAAUAGAAUCAGAAAUAAAUCUCCAGGUAUUAAUAUGAGUGGAGGCUUCAGUUUAUGAGCUCCGUGUGUGUCGGAGAAAAGGAUGCUCGGAUGACGACUUCAGUCCGGAUGAAGGAAGCGCGGAGAGACUGAAACAUUCGCAUCCAUCCAGAGCAGCUCCGACGGACAAUCACAGCGAUGAUGGAGGGGAGAGACGAUUUUUUAUGCGGGGUUGUUGAGGGUUUCUAUGGGAGACCCUGGUCAAUGGAACAAAGGAAGGUACUCUUUCAGUGGAUGCAGAGAUGGGGUUUGAACACAUAUCUUUAUGGUCCAAAAGAUGACCUGAAGCACAGGUUACUGUGGAGAGAGGUUUAUUCUGCAGAGGAAGAGGCUCAGUUGAAAGCUCUGAUUGGUGAAGCCGAGUCGAGGGCUCUGAGGUUCGUAUACGCUAUCUCUCCUGGUCAGGACAUCGUCUUCUCAAGUUCGUGUGACCUCACGCUGCUCAAACGCAAACUCAGACAGGUGGCAGAACUGGGCUGUCAUGCUUUUGCCCUCUUAUUUGACGAUAUUGAUCACUCCAUGUGCCAGGCCGACAGAGAAGGCUUUUCCUCAUUCGCUCACGCCCAGGUCACUGUUGCCAAUGAGAUCUUCCGUUUCCUGGGGAAUCCACCUGUCUUCCUAUUCUGUCCCACUGAGUACUGUAGUUCUCUGUGCACUCCUAGUGUGUCAAAGUCGCCAUACCUGUUGACAAUUGGGGAAGACCUGCUUCCCGGCAUCUCCAUAAUCUGGACGGGAAAGAAGGUGAUAUCACGGGAUUUGUGUGCUGAUUCACUAGCAGAGGUCCAGUCUGUGAUUCGACGGCCACCCCUCGUUUGGGACAACCUCCAUGCCAAUGAUUAUGACUCCCGACGUGUCUUCCUGGGGCCCUUUAAAGGUCGCCCCCCCGGACUCAGGGCUCAUCUGAGGGGUCUGCUGCUAAAUCCAAACUGCGAGUUUGAAGCCAACUUCAUCCCUCUACACACCCUAGGCAGCUGGCAUAAAGAAGGGAAAGAGGAAAGGAAAGGUGAUGAAGAGGGUUACGGUGUGGAAAGAGCGCUGUCAGUUGCCCUGCAAGACUGGAUGAAGGAACUCAGCCUUCCUCUUCAGCCUGAAAUGUAUCGUCUUCCUUUAGGACGGCAGGUGAGGUCAACAGACCCGAAGCCUUCAUUGUCCUCUGUUAAAUCAAAGUCCUCCGAUAGCUCAGACAAUCAACAUGAAGCCAAGCCCAAAACUUCCAUAACCUCUUCCCGGAGCUCAGGGGCACUUGCUAGCGAUGAGAUCCCAGCUGACCCUGUUACGGACCAGGAUCUGGAAGCCGGGGAGAACCAGGUCUCCAGGAGCUCCAGCCAUGAAAAAACCUCUAGAAGAGGAUUGUGUUCUGGAAGGGCUCCUCUAAGUGAGGCCCAAAUCAGGUUGUUGGUAGGGCUUUAUUAUCUGCCGCAUGAACACGGCCCACCCGCUCAGAGUCUUAUGCAGGACCUCGCGUGGCUCAAAGCCAACUGUCACUGUGUCAGCGUCAACGGCAACGGAAAGAAGACCCCACAGCAGAAGGCAGAGGAAUGGCGAGGCCGUGCGGGCCGUUUCCUGGCUGCGUGUGAUGAUGUGGCAUUACUACACAGUGCUAUGGUAAACAGCAUCAAUAGAGCUGUUCUCUAUGACCUUUACCCUUACAUCUGGGACCUGAGAAACACCCUGCUGGUGGCCAAGGCUUUCAUAUGCUGGCUAGAGGGUCGUAUAAUGAGUGAAAGUUCUCAACUUGGCUCCUGGAAGAACUGCUUCCACUGGUGUGGAGCCUCCUCAGGGGCGGAGCUACUGGGCAUGGAGGCGGAACCGUGGGUAUUUAAGGGAGGACUAUCUGGAGAAGUGCAGAUGCUUAUGCCUGUGGGGACCAGCCGGGAGUUAUUCAGUCACCCUCCUCCUCUUUUUCCCACCUGUCGACUUUAUAACAUACGGCCUUUCCAGCAGAAAGACAAGGUGGCGCUGUACCGAAUGGUACAUCAGUUGUACCAAAUGGGUAAAGGGAGCCAGGAUGCUACCAUCUCCCAUCCAGACUUUAUUGGGGAUAGGUGUCUGGGUGCGUCUCUGGCAUUGUGCCCCGAGUACAGCUUAGUCUUGGAGGAUGAACUGGGUGUGUGUGGGUGUGCUGUGGGCAUCCUGGACGUGCGCUCCUUUGCCAAACGAUGCCAGGCAACCUGGCUGCCUGCUAUGAGGGACAAAUAUCCGUCACUCCCUCGUGGACAUGCUGCAACAAAGGAAGCGCUGCUGUAUUGCCAUGACGAGCAGGACUACCCAGACUCCCAGCUGUAUCAUUUCCCAUCUCAGCUCAAGCUUGAGGCUCUUCCUGAACUGGUGGACUGCAGCGUCAGUCGUAGCCUCAUCACGGCUCUGCUGACAGCCCUCAAAGCUAACAGUUCGCAGGGUGUAUUUUGCGAGGUCCAGCCUACAGAUGGCUCACGAAUAGAAUUUUUGACAAAGCUUGGAUUUCUGGAGAUCCUUCGUGGCGAAGCACGUCCCAGAGAAGGUGUAGUUUUGGGGAGGCUGUUGUAAAUGAACACCAAAACAAACAGGAGGAAUGAUCACAUUUGAGAUGAACGUUAAUAUGUCUAGACCUUGAGCCAGGGUUCAAGUUGCAUCAAGUGGCUAAAAAUAAAGAAUGUGUAGAAUUGUAUUAGGGUCUAUUCACAAAUCCAAACUCUGGGCACAAAAAACAUGCAUGGCAAGAUUUUUUACAUGAACCAAUGCUGUCAGUCUCUAUUAACUCAUUCACACAAAGUCUGAAAUAUGGUGAUGAGCUGAUCUGUCUUUUUUGGGGGUUCAUUUUUAUUUUUAAGGAUGUAAAAAAUGUUUAGAGAAAAAAAACAAAAAACAGGCAUUGAGUGUGAAUUUAUCUUUUAUACUUUUGUGUUGCGUAGACUUACAGGGCUUUGGGCUUCAUGGUUAUAGUUCUGAUUAUGAUGAAACAAUAGAAAAAAAUUAGAGCUAAACAGUCAUCACUUGUUUACAGCUUUUCUUCACUAAUCAAAACUGAAAGGGAACUCCAUCUGUUGCUUUCUCUGCGCAUGUGGAGCUCCUGUUGGUUUACAUAAGUCUUUGGCUCUUUGGGAAGAAUGAUGUUUUUAUCUAUAGUGUCUGUAUUGCUGUGUGGAUGUAGGGGCAAAAAGCACAAUGUUUCUCUUUUGUAUUCAGCAUGCACACAAUCAUUCCUCCAGCCAGUCAUGGACAGGCUCAGGACAUUUAUAAAGCAGAUGGAGACUUUGCAGACACAUAAAAAUGCUCCUCCAGUGCAUCGAAAGGCCCUUGACCUUAAUCACUCCUACAAGAAUAAUGAGCCACGGUGCAUCUUGAAGGGUUUUGAUAAUACACAACUCAUCAUUCUUUAAUACACACAUGCACUAAUUGUAUGCACGUCUGUACACUUAUAUGCCUUUCAAACUUUUACCAACAGCCUUCUUCAAUCGCCAUGGCAAUCAACAAAAAAAAACCACAAUCAAUUUUGGCGAUGUUAGAUAUUGUUUAAUGACGUUUUUUUGUACACUCAUGGUAAAUGAACUUUUGAUUUUGCAUGUUAACUUAUUUCAACUUUUUUUUAAGACUUUCAUUAUUGUAUAAUGGAACAUGUUUACAGCAUUCAGAUAUUUUCUUUCUCGCAAACACUUUGUGCGUGUGUAUGGAUGUGCACAGCGCUAUAUAACAUUUAUAAAAUAUUAAACUCA